AAACAUAUUUUCAGAGGUGAUGUGUUUUUCUUUAGCUGCUCUACUGCUACUUUAUCUAGCUGUUUACAAGCAGCCCAAUAAAUACUUGAACAAAUAAAUGUAGGAAAAUGACAUCAGCUCUCUUUCACAACGACGACAGCUGCACAAAACGCAGCAUACGACGCUGCGCAUGUGUGUUUUUCGGCCGGGGCAAAGCUUUUAGGAAAACAUUACGGCGACAGGGAAUGUUGGGAGCAUUUAUAUGGAAGGGCAUUAAAGGAAACAUAAACGCUCGUAAACCUUACCUCUUACAAGUUGAAGGAAUGGGCAGCCUCCCAGUGGUCCUGCUCCUCUGCAGUUUCCACGCGCUCACAGCUGUAGCCCAAACCCAGCAGACCGAGGAAAAUGGAAGCAACCUACCAGCAGACUGCAGGGAGGAGAUGUAUCCGUGCACCAGGAUGUACUCGGUCCACCGGCCCAUCAAGACAUGCGUCGGCGGUCUUUGUUUCUACAGCCUCCCUCGCGUCUAUGUGAUCAACAACGAGAUCUGCGUGAGGACCGUGUGCCAGCAGGACGAGUACCUGAAAGCCGAACUGUGCCGAGAGUUGUCCGGGUGGCCCCGCCGCGUUCAGAGGUCAUCUAAUAAGAAGCCCUGCCGCAGUCGCCGUAGCAACCCCAAAACCUGGGCAAACAAGGCCUGAUGUUGUCUAAAGCGGUGACCACCGAGAGGAUGGUGCCCCCCUUAGAAACACAACCCCCCGGGGUGUUGUCAUAAACAGAGGAAUAACACCGUAAAUCCACUGCUCAACACCUGGGAGGCUCUGUCUUUCUCUCUCUUUCACACACGCACAUGAGUCACAUGUAUUAGUCUUGAAAUUGUGCGUGAAUAUUGAAGGUGCGCUCAUUUCAUCUGUGUAUCGCCGGACACAGAUCAUGUUUUCCAUGGUUUACGACGCAUUUUAGGUACUGUAGUAAUGGGCCUAUAGCAGCACUGAGUCCUUUCAUUGUAAAAGAAAAAAAAACAGAAAAGACACACACUCAGUUUUGGAUUGUAAGGUACUCAUUGACAAUCCGGUGUAACGUGCACUAUUCUAUGCAAUAAAACAUAACUGAAUUUGUUCAUUAA